GUGCUAACGAGUCAACGAUCUGUAAAGCGCGAAGCCCUAAGUGGCCCAACGAGACAAACAGAAGUUAAGCUCUGUUAUGGAGAAACACUCUUGAAAUCGAAGCUUUCUUCUCCGACUCCGAUCCAAUCCAAUCUCAGCUGCUAAUGGAGGACGCCUAUGCUAGAUCUGUAACUGAAGUCUUAGAUUUCUUCGGUGUGGAACCGACCAAAGGCCUCACCGACGUUCAGGUCGCUCAACAUGCCAGAGAUUACGGCAGAAACGUUCUGCCGGAAGAGAGAAGAGUUCCAUUCUUGAAAUUGGUAUUGAAACAGUUUGAUGAUUUACUUGUUAAGAUUCUAAUUGUUGCAGCAAUUGUUUCAUUCGUUUUGGCUUUGAUUAAUGGAGAAACCGGUUUAACUGCAUUUCUAGAGCCUUCUGUUAUUCUGAUGAUUUUGGCUGCAAAUGCCACAGUAGGAGUAAUUACAGAAACAAAUGCCGAAAAGGCUCUUGUUGAAUUACGUGCAUAUCAAGCUGAUGUUGCGACUGUGCUUCGAAACGGUUGCUUCUCUAUAAUUCCAGCUACAGAGCUUGUUCCGGGAGAUGUAGUUGAAAUUUCUGUGGGUUGCAAAAUUCCAGCUGAUAUGAGAAUGAUAGAGAUGCUUAGUAAUGAAUUACGUGUUGAUCAGGCGAUUCUAACUGGUGAGAGUUGUUCUGUAGAGAAAGAACUCGAGUCGGCGAUUACAACGAAGGCUGUGUAUCAAGACAAGACUAAUAUUCUUUUCUCGGGUACUGUUGUGGUUUGUGGGAGGGCUAGAGCUGUUGUUGUAGGUGUUGGUACUAACACUGCCAUGGGUAGCAUAAGGGAUUCGAUGCUUCAAACGGAAGAUGAAGCAACGCCAUUGAAGAAGAAGCUGGAUGAGUUUGGUACUUUUCUUGCAAAAGUUAUUGCUGGGAUUUGUGUAUUGGUUUGGAUUGUAAACAUUGGUCACUUUCGUGACCCUUCUCACGGUGGGUUCUUGCAAGGAGCAAUUCAUUACUUCAAGAUUGCAGUUGCGCUUGCUGUUGCAGCUAUCCCCGAAGGGCUUCCGGCUGUUGUAACGACGUGUUUGGCUCUAGGGACAAAGCGAAUGGCGCGAUUGAACGCCAUUGUUAGGUCUUUGCCAUCUGUUGAGACCUUGGGCUGUACUACUGUGAUUUGUAGUGAUAAAACGGGUACUCUGACAACCAAUAUGAUGUCUGUAUCGAAGGUUUGUGUUGUUCAGUCUGUGAAUCGUGGCCCUCUUAUUGAUGAAUACAGUGUUAGUGGGACAACUUACGCACCCCAAGGAACUAUCUUUGACAGUAAUGGCACGCCAAUUGACCUUCCAGCUCAGUUGCCUUGCCUUCUUCACUUAGCAAUGUGUUCAGCUCUUUGCAAUGAUUCCAUCUUACAGUAUAAUCCAGACAAAGGGAACUAUGAAAAAAUUGGGGAGUCAACUGAAGUGGCUCUUCGUGUACUGGCGGAGAAGGUUGGUCUUCCGGGCUAUGACUCCAUGCCUUCUUCUCUGAAUAUGUUGAGCAAGCAUGAGCGUGCAUCAUACUGCAAUCACUAUUGGGAGGAUCAGUUGAAAAAGAUCUCCGUGGUAGAAUUUACUCGAGAUAGGAAAAUGAUGAGUGUUCUUUGUAGCCGAAAUCAACUGCAAAUUAUGUUUUUGAAAGGUGCUCCUGAGAGUAUCAUUUCUAGGUGCACAAGUGUUCUGUGCAAUGAGGAUGGUUCUACUGCUCCUCUUACUGCUAGUACCAGAGCCGAGCUGGAAUUGAGGUUGCAGAGUUUUGCUGGAAAGGAAACAUUAAGAUGCUUGGCUAUGGCCUUGAAGAUGAUGCCUGUUGGUCAACAGACUCUCUCCUAUGAUGAUGAGAGGGACCUCACAUUUAUUGGGUUGGUUGGUAUGCUUGAUCCACCAAGAGAAGAAGUGAGAAAUGCUAUGCUUUCUUGUAUGAAUGCUGGCAUACGUGUUAUUGUUGUCACAGGGGAUAACAAGUCAACAGCUGAAUCACUUUACCGCAAGAUUGGAGCUUUUGACGACAUGGUAGACUUUGCUGGACGCUCUUACACUGCUUCUGAGUUUGAAGAAUUACCGCCGUUGCAGCAAACUAUGGCAUUGCAACGUAUGGCACUCUUCACUAGGGUUGAACCUUCUCAUAAAAAGAUGCUGGUUGAGGCCUUACAACACCAGAAUGAAGUAGUUGCAAUGACUGGUGAUGGCGUCAACGAUGCACCCGCACUAAAAAAGGCUGAUAUUGGAAUUGCGAUGGGUUCUGGAACUGCUGUGGCAAAGAGUGCUUCAGAUAUGGUUUUGGCUGAUGACAAUUUUGCUACAAUUGUUGCGGCUGUUGCUGAAGGAAGAGCUAUAUACAACAACACAAAGCAAUUCAUUAGGUACAUGAUCUCUUCUAAUAUUGGUGAAGUGGUCUGUAUUUUUGUGGCUGCUGUACUUGGAAUACCUGAUACACUUGCCCCUGUACAACUGCUAUGGGUUAACUUAGUCACUGAUGGAUUGCCUGCUACUGCUAUUGGCUUCAACAAGCAAGAUUCUGAUGUAAUGAAGGCUAAACCGCGCAAAGUGAAUGAAGCAGUAGUCACUGGAUGGUUGUUCUUUCGUUACAUGGUAAUUGGAGCUUAUGUUGGCCUUGCCACAAUUGCAGGAUUUAUAUGGUGGUUUUUGUACUCCGAAAACGGUCCUAAACUUCCAUACAGCGAGCUCAUGAACUUCGACUCAUGUUCAACAAGGGAGACAUACUACCCAUGUAGUAUUUUCGACGACAGGCAUCCAUCAACCGUGUCCAUGACUGUACUUGUUGUUGUUGAAAUGUUCAAUGCAUUGAAUAAUCUAAGCGAAAACCAAUCACUGCUUGUCAUCCCACCUUGGAGUAAUUUGUGGCUUCUUGGUUCAAUCAUCCUAACCAUGCUCCUUCACAUACUGAUUUUGUAUGUGCACCCACUCUCAAUUCUUUUCUCUGUGACACCAUUGUCUUGGUCUGAUUGGGCUGCAGUCCUAUACCUUUCUUUUCCGGUCAUAAUCAUCGAUGAGGUGCUAAAGUUCUUCUCAAGAAAGUCCAGCAGUGGUGUGAGAUUAGCUUUUAGAUUCAGAAGGCCUGAUUUACUUCCAAAAAGGGAAGUUCGUGAUAAGUAGUGGUAAUCAAUGGAGCUGUGACUCACCCAAAUUUAUCUCACUUCCAUAUUCUGCAACAAUAGAAACUCAGGCUGUGGUUUAUGAAGAUCUAAAGUCAGAAAAGAUGAUGAAAGUUCCUAUAUGUGACAAUUUUGUUGUGAUGUUAUAAAUUUCUAACUUCUUUUUAAAGCAAAUAAAUUUCUACUUAUUUAUUGAUGUAAUUAUAUAAAAUAUAAUAGAUUCUAUUUUUUAUUUUA